AUGACUGCCGAACUCUUUCAAGCCUGGCUGCGUCAGCUCGACCACCGCUUUGCGGCCAAGGCUCGGAAGGUGCUGUUCGUGCUAGACAACUGUAGUGCCUACACGAAGGUGUCCAGGCUCGAUAACAUUGAACUGCUAUUCCUGCCUCCGAACACAACGGCUUCUUUGGAGCCGAUGGACCAGGGAAUCAUACAGUUCGUGAAAAGCCACUAUCGACGACAGGUACUCGAGCGGAUGUUGCUCUGCAUGGAGUCAGACAAGCAGUACGAAGUGAGCCUGCUAAGUUCAAUCCACAUGCUGACAUACAACACACCGCCUGCAUUAGUCGCAAACUGCUUUAGGCAUAGUGGCUUCGUGCACGACGCUGCAGAUCCGGGUGUGGUGGCCGAUAAGGAAACCGGCGAAGAGCAAGACAACCGCUAUGUGAGCAUCAUGCCAGUUGAUGUACCCCCUGGCGAUUACUUCGCAAUUGACAGCAAUGUUGCCGUUGCCGGCACAGUGACUGACAGCGAUAUCGUUGCCAAAGUCUUAGACGGCGAAGGGAAAUCGGCUGAUGAGGACUCACCUUACAGAUCUGACUGGAGCUCUUUGAAGAAGUGCAGCGAGAAUGCCUGCUUGAUCAAGGUCUACUGGGACUCUCUUGAUGACGCCCACUCCGCAGUUGCUCGGUCGGGGCUCGUAGGCUUGUACAAGUACUCCGGCAAUGCUUGA